UUGUUUUGUUCAUUAUUAAAAUCAUACACUCCCUUUUAAUUUCCAUUAACCAUUAACAACUUCACAUAUAUAUUAAGUGUUAAAAUUUUAAAAAUUUGUAAGAAAACAUUCCGAACCCAUUUAUAAUAUAAAUUCAUCAAUUCUCCUCCACCAUGCAUUAAUUCUUUUUUUUUUUUUCUAUGCAUAUUCAUAUAUGCUUCUUUCCCCAACAACAAGAACACCAAAUUUUCAUCUUUGUUUCUUUUUCUCUCAAAGAUGCAAAAGCACAAUAACGGAGUUUUGCAGGGAACACCCGCUUGUGCAGCCUGCAAACACCAGAGGAAGAAAUGCCACGAGACGUGUCCGUUGGCACCUUACUUUCCUGCAGAACGGAACAGGGAAUUCCAAGCCGUUCACAAGGUGUUUGGAGUGAGCAAUGUGACCAAAAUGGUGAAAAACGUGAGAGAAGAAGACAAGAGAAAGGCUGUGGAUUCUUUGAUUUGGGAAGCUGUUUGUAGGCAAAACGACCCCGUUUUAGGGCCCUAUGGUGAAUACAAAAGGGUUUUGGAAGAGGUAAAAGUGUGUAAAUUAUUGACUCAAAACCAAAGCAUUAUGAAUGGAGGGCAAGUGGGAUUGGGUUAUAAACCAAUAAUACCAUGUUUGGGAGCGUGGAACAAUAAUAACAAUAAUAAUAGUAAUGAUAAUAAUAAUAAUAAUGGAAAUGGAAAUGGUAAUUUGAUUAAUAAUGGAAAUGGGAUUAUGGGGAUAAUCAAUGGAGGAGUUAAUAGCAGCCAUUUACUUAAUUACUUUCAUGAUAAUUAUGUAAGUGCCAUAGUUGAUUCAAGUCCUUACAGCAAUUCUUCCGCUUAUAAUUUACAAAGUCAUGAGAAAUUGAUGAGAUUGCAACAAGAUAAAGAGAUUAGUUCAAACAUGGUUGUGCCACUUCAGCAGCAGCAGCAUCCAACCUUUCACCAUUGUUUUUAACCAACUUUCUCUAAUUUGUUACAUUUUUGCAUUUUUAAUGAUGAUCAACUUAUCUUUUUAAUCUUUACUUGAGUUGAUGUAAACCUUCUUUCGUUUUUUUUUCUUCUUCUAAAUUUUAGAUGUUAUAUCUUG